CAUUUCUAUAGUGUCCGAAGAACGAAGGAAGGAAGGAAGAAAUUGAACAAUGGCCGGUGUCGGAGAACCCCAAAGAAGACAAGGAAGGCCGUUUCCGUCUGGUAGAGGUCCAUCCGGGCCACCGCCUUCUUCAGCCAAGAAUGCUCAUCGCAUCGAACCGAUUGAUCGUGAAAAGACUUGUCCUUUGUUGCUUCGAGUUUUUACAAAGACUGGAAGCCAUCACUCUGAUGAAGAUUUUGCCGUGAGAGGUAAGGAACCAAAGGAUGAGGUGCAGAUAUAUACAUGGAAGGAUGCCACCCUCCGCGAGUUAACUGACUUGGUGAAAGAGGUAGCUCCCGAAGCAAGAAGAAGAGAAUCCAUGCUUUCAUUUGCAUUUGUUUAUCCAGACAAACAUGGGCGAUUUGUGGUCAAAGAAGUUGGGAGGACUCAUGCUUACCCUAAUCCGAGGCGACAUGACAAUGGUGGCAAGGCAUUAGGUGAACUCGGUUUUCAGAUUGGAGAUUACUUGGAUGUGGCUAUUCAGUAAGCAAGCCCUUGCCUUUCUAGGAUUGUGCAUUUGGGGUUUAUUUAUAGACUUUUAAUUCUAUUAUAUAAAUGUUCUUUUGUGCAAAUUUUCUGUUGUAGAAAAAAUAUGAUACUGACUUAUUUAUUUGACUUUAGAUUAUUUUCCUUA